AUGAAAAUAUGUAUGGCGGCGCUGAGCGACUUGUCGUUGACGCUGCAAUCGGCCUUCAACGACGAGGUCAUUCUGUCGUCUUUUACACUUCACACCAUGAUCCCAACCGAUGUUUUAUUGAGACAAAGAAUGGCCAGCUCCAGGUUAAUCAUAUUCGCCCUCCUUUUCCCCCGUUCCUUGAAAGGAAAACUCCAUAUCCUCUUCGCCCACGCAAGACAACUGCAUUUAACUUUGCAUCUCCUCGCGCCUUGGGCACCACAAUACGACGUCUAUUUCGUCGAUCAACUCUCAACAUGUGUUCCAUUUCUUCGUUUCUUUGGUCGGGCACCAGUCGUGUUUUAUUGUCACUUUCCAGACAAACUGCUGGCGGAAGGAGAAUUUGUCGAAGGAAACCUCAGACGAGGUCGCACAAGCCUGUUGAAACGCAUCUACCGCUAUCCCAUGGACUGGUUUGAGGAAGUCACGACGCGACAGGCCGACGUCAUUCUAUCCAAUUCCAAAUUCACCGCUCGCGUUUUCAAGUCUUAUUUUACAUCAAUCAAGCAAACCCCGACAACCGUAUACCCUGGAAUCAAUAUCUCCGCGUAUGAGCAAGAGUUCGACACAUCGAAACCAGACAUUGCCGCCAUUGUGUCGGAUCAACUAACCUUGCUAUCACUGAAUCGCUUUGAGAAGAAAAAAAACAUAGCAUUAGCUGUGGAAUCCUUCGCUCAGCUGAGACAAGCAACCCAAACAACCAAACUGGGUACGAUACGUCUCGUUCUUGGGGGUGGUUACGAUCCACGACUAGAAGACAAUGUACAGACUCUGUCGUCUCUUGUGGCACUCACUAUCGCGCACACCCUUACGUUCAACGUCAUCACUCCCUCAACUUCCUCUAUUCAACUUCCUCACUUUGACGGCGCUUGUUCAAACGCUGAUAUCUUGUUUCUCCUCAAUUUUUCCGAUGAACAACGAACGGCUCUCCUGACUGCCCCGUCGACACGCGUUCUCCUCUAUACUCCAUCCAACGAACAUUUCGGCAUAGUCCCUGUCGAGGCUAUGUGUUGUGGCCUUCCUGUGCUUGCUUGCGACAGUGGGGGUCCAACAGAAAGUAUUGUAGAUGCCCCUCCUGCAGAAAAGACUGGUUGGCUGCGGCCACCAGAUGCGGACAAGUGGGCCAGAAGCCUGUCGGAAAUUCUUGCUCUCAGUGAAGAGGAGCGUGUUCAGCUGAAUCGGAGAGCCAAACGGAGAGCACGCGACGUAUUUGGCAUGGAGACAAUGGCAUCACAACUGGAAGUUGCUCUCGAGGAAGCGGUGACGAUCGGACCUCCUAGUCUGCGCAUAGUAUGGAUGUCUCUUUGCGUAUUGCUACUCGCACUUGUAAUCGCUGUUAAGUUUUGA